AUGCCUGCUGCUGGAGCACCCGCCGCCAAGGCCAAAUAUAGCUUACUCGACGAUUAUAGCGAGGGUGCGCACCCAGAGGUCCUUGCUGCGCUGCUGCAGAGCAAUGGAACCCAAGAAGUAGGCUACGGGCGCGAUACCUUUAGCGAGGAAGCAAAGCAUCAUAUUCGAACCCAUCUCGGGAACCAGGAUGUCGGCGUCUUCUUUGUCCCGAGUGGCACGUCUGCCAAUGCCAUUUCCAUUGCCGCCUGCCUUCGCCCUCAUGAAGCCGUCGUUGCUGCCAGUUCCGGACACAUUGUUACCCGCGAGACUGGCGCCGUCGAGGCUAGCGGCCACAAAAUCAUCAAUGUCGUCCCGGAGAAUGGUAAGCUGACGCCAGCCACCAUCAACAAGGCUCUCGACGACAACUGGCACUUUCCGCACAUGGCCAAGCCUCGCUUAGUAUACAUUUCCAACGCUACCGAGAUUGGUACCGUGUAUACAAAGACAGAGUUGACUGCCAUUAAGCGUUUGUGCGAAGAGAAUGGGCUGCUUCUGUUUGUCGAUGGCGCCCGUAUCGGCUGUGCCCUUACCUCUGCCAAGAAUGAUUUGACUCUUAAUGAUAUACUUGAAUUGACUGACAUUUUCUGGAUCGGCGGCACCAAGAAUGGAGCUCUUUUGGGAGAAGCUGUCGUGGUCAAGCAUCCUCAGCUGGCCGAGGACUUUGAAUUCUUUGUGAAGCAGCAUGGAUCACUCUUGGCCAAAGGCAGAAUCAUGGGUGUGCAGUUUGCUGAGCUCUUUCGAGAGAACCUGUACUUUGAUCUGGCGCGGCAAGCGAACCGCGCAGCGGAGAAGCUGUCGCAGUCCAUUGUCGGAGCCGGGUUCGCGUUACGCGCAGAAACUGAGACAAACCAAGUCUUUGCCGUGUUGCCCUUGGACCUAGUCAAGACUCUGCAGCAACACUUUUCCUUUUACGUCUGGGAAAAGUACGACGACGAGUGGGCCGUCAUCCGUCUUUUGACGACGUGGGCUACGGACCCUGAGCAGUUGGAGCGCUUCAGCAGCAUUGUGCUUCAUUGGACGAAAUAA